UUUCUUCUCUUUCAUUUCCUUUUUAGCUUCUCCUUCUCUCUCAUCCUUACAUAUUCUCUCUCUCUGGAAAUGGAGUCCUGUACGACCUGGUAGUUCAGCUUUCUGAGGUUUUGAAGCUCAGAUUUCCCCAUUUUCACUGCAAAUCUCAAACUAAAAGACAAGAAAGAAAAAGAAAAAAAAAAAAGACAGAAAAAUCGACAGAAUGGUCGGUAAUAGCUUUGUCGACGACUUAGAUUGCGGCAGUUUCUUCGACCACAUCGACGACCUCCUCGAUUUUCCGGUGGAGGAUGUCGACGCCGGCUUGCCGCCGGCGAAUGGCGGCGACUCGGGCAACUCGUUUCCAACCAUUUGGUCAACUCAGUCUGAAGCACUGCCUGGUUCCGACUCUGUGUUCUCGGCUAAUAGAAACUCUGAUUUGUCGGCCGACCUCUCUGUUCCGUAUGAAGAUAUUGUUCAAUUGGAAUGGCUAUCAAAUUUUGUUGAGGAUUCAUUCUGUGGUGGCGGAAGCCUUGCAAUGGGCAAAGAGGAGCCUAAGUAUUUGACCCAUACCCAAUUCCAAACCUCUAGCCCUGUUUCUGUUCUUGAAAGUAGCAGCUCUUGCUCUAGUGACAAGAGCCUGCCCCGCAGCCCCGAACCGACCAUCGCCACCCCGGCCCAGCAGCGUGGCCGUGCUCGUAGCAAACGCCCUCGCCCUGCAACCUUCUGUCCCCGUCCCCCAAUUCAGCUUAUUUCCCCUGCCUCCUCCGUCUCCGAAACAACUCAUGAUCAUCAUCAUCAGGUAUUGCAGGUCAUUGCCCCGAAGACUACCUCGGACUCGGAUAACUUCGCCGAGUCUCGACCUUUGGUCAAAAUGCCGAAGCAUGGCGUGUUAGGAAUGCAAAAGAAGAACAAGAAAAUCAAGUUGUCGUUUUCGCUCGCCCCAUUAGAUGGGUCGAGUCAAAAUUCGCCAUCGCAGUCGAUGAGAAAAUGUAUGCAUUGUGAGAUAACCAAGACUCCACAAUGGAGAGCAGGACCAAUGGGACCGAAAACUCUUUGUAAUGCCUGCGGUGUUCGGUAUAAGUCCGGUCGAUUGUUCCCGGAGUAUCGACCAGCAGCAAGCCCGACUUUUGUCCCGUCAUUGCACUCGAACUCCCACAAGAAAGUGCUGGAAAUGAGAAACAAGACGGACGAGAAAACAGCUGCAAAUGUAAUCACCAUAACCGUGCAACCGGAGCUUAUUCCAAACACAAACAGCGCAAUUUCGAUGGAUUACAUGUGAAGAGGAAGAGGAAGAGGAAGAAGAAGAAGGAGGGUGGUUCGAGAACCGAUCCCAGCCCGGGAUCGGUCUCGAAGAUUAGAGCGUUGGAUGUGGACGUGGGCGAGUCGAUGUUGGGUCUAGUAGUAGAAGUUGUGUUUACUUUAGGGUGGUGGUGGUUGUUUUGUGUACAGGUUUAGGACUCAUUUUAGGUACCAAAUUAGAGGUGGAGGAGAGACCAGAAGUGAUAUUGGAGUUAUUGAGGUUAGAGAGAGAGAGAUUAAAGAGUUUUGGUAUUCAGUUUUAGUCCUUUUUUUGCAUUCUUUUUCUUUCUCAAUUUCUUCGUAAUUCUUUUUGCACUUCAUUUUUAGUGAAAGUUCUUAGCUUUUGUUUAGUAAUGAAAUUUCGGGUCAUUUAUUCAAGAAA